AUGGCAAUUCCAGUUUAUCUGUGGCUGAAAGAUGAUGGCGGUGCAGAUAUCAAAGGGUCCGUGGAUGUUCAGGACCGUGAGGGCAGCAUUGAGGUGGUGGCUCAGGAGCACUGCCUCUACAUCCCGACGGAUAACAACACCGGUAAGCUGACCGGUACCCGUAUUCACACACCGUUCCUGUUUACCAAGGAAAUUGAUUCUUCCAGCCCGUACCUUUACAAGGCCGUGACCACCGGGCAGACCCUGAAGUCUGCUGAAUUUAAGUGGUACAAAAUCAAUGACGCCGGUCAGGAGGUGGAGUACUUCAAUACGAAGCUUGAGAACGUGAAGGUGGUGAAGGUUAAUCCGGUCAUGCACGACAUCAAGAAUCCCACCUACGAGAAGCAUAACCACCUUGAACAGGUGGAACUGCGCUACGAGAAAAUCACCUGGACCUACAAGGACGGCAACAUCAUUCAUUCCGACGCAUGGAGUGAACGUACCACCGCGUAA